UAUUUGGGUGUAAGAAUGUGACUAACAAGAAGCUAUCCGUCUGAAUUGGAAAAUAUGCGAGAAAUCCACCCAUUUCUUAACUGAGUUUCUAUCCAUUUCCUAUUUCGAUUCUCACCCAUUUUCACUCAUAGUAUCUAUUCAUAAGCUGUCUGGCUAAUUAAUGCAAAAACGAAACAAAAAAACACAUCAUCCCUUUUACUCCGUAUCCAUCCCUCCAGCCAAGCAUACCAACAGGUUCUGCCAUGUCCAUGUGAACUCAGGGGCAAUACCAUUUAAUUAUUUGAUUAUGAUGCACAUGGCAAUCUAGACGUACUUGUCUAGUGAUAACAGUUGCUGCUGAUGGGUAUAUCAAGUCAAGAACGCUGUUCGUGGUGGGACAAGUGCGAGUGAAUAUUGAAGCUUUGAGCACAGCGUACGUGGUUGAGAACUGUCACUUCUUGGGAGCAUAUUUAAGGAAAUUUUAAAAAGAAAAAAGAAAGAAAGAAAUAAAAACGCUGCGCAGAUUCUGACUGAAAAGAGUGAAGGCAUGGGAAUCCAAGAGGACCUAGAGCAGUGUAAGAAUCGUGCUGAGCAUGAAGAGGUAAGAGAACCACUCAUGGACAAGAAAAAUCAAUCAGGCGACCAAGAUGGGUUUUUUGCUCAGAGUAGCAGCAAAGAAAGUGCUUGGAUGGUUUACCUCAGCACUUUUGUUGCAGUCUGUGGCUCUUUCGCAUUUGGCUCAUGUGCAGGCUAUUCAUCACCCACAGAAAAUGCUGUCAGGGAAGAUCUCUCUCUAUCUCUAGCAGAGUAUUCCGUGUUUGGUUCAAUAUUGACAUUCGGUGCAAUGAUUGGUGCAAUCACAAGUGGGCCCAUUGCUGAUUUAAUUGGUCGGAAAGGGGCGCUGAGAGUGGCUACCAGCUUCUGUAUUGCCGGAUGGCUAGCCAUCUACUUUGCUCAGGGGGUUCUGGCGUUGGACCUCGGGAGACUGGCAACAGGUUAUGGAAUGGGAGUCUUUUCUUAUGUGGUACCUGUUUUUAUUGCUGAAAUUGCACCCAAGAAUCUUAGAGGAGGACUAACAGCUACAAAUCAGCUUAUGAUCUGCGGUGGAGUGUCUGUUGCGUUCAUAAUAGGAACCGUGCUGACAUGGAGGGCUUUGGCAUUGACUGGGCUUGUUCCUUGUGCAAUUCUGGUUUUUGGCCUCUUUCUGAUUCCCGAAUCUCCCAGAUGGCUGGCAAAGAGAGGACGUGAAGAAGAGUUUCAAACAGCUCUACAAAAGCUUCGUGGCAAGGAAGCUGAUAUAUAUCAGGAGGCAACUGAAAUCAAGGAGUACAUAGAAACUCUUGAACGGCUCCCAAAAGCCAGAUUCCUAGAUUUGUUUCAAAGAAGAUACCUCCGCUCAGUCAUUAUAGGAGUAGGACUGAUGGUCUUUCAACAAUUUGGAGGAAUCAAUGGGGUCUGCUUUUAUGUCAGCAAUAUUUUUGAGUCAGCAGGAUUUUCUCCCAGUCUUGGAACCAUAAUCUAUGCCAUUCUUCAGGUUGUGGUUACUGCCCUCAACACAAUUGUAAUAGAUAAAGCCGGAAGAAAGCCUCUAUUACUGGUUUCUGCAUCAGGACUGAUUCUUGGCUGUUUAAUAACUGCGAUUUCAUUCUACCUAAAGGUUCAUGAAUUGGCAGUCAAAUCAGUCCCGGCACUUACUUUAACUGGCAUACUGCUAUAUAUCGGCUCAUUUUCAGCAGGAAUGGGUGCAGUUCCGUGGGUAAUAAUGUCUGAGAUUUUUCCAAUAAAUAUUAAGGGAGUGGCUGGAAGCUUAGCAACACUUGUGAACUGGUUUGGUGCAUGGGCGAUUUCCUACACUUACAACUACCUUAUGUCCUGGAGCUCCUAUGGUACCUUCAUUCUUUAUGCUGCAAUCAACGCGCUGGCUAUAGUGUUUGUGGUCAUGGUGGUGCCAGAAACAAAAGGGAGAACUCUGGAGCAAAUCCAAGCAGCCAUUAAUACAUAGAGAAAUUGACAGGGUGUAUUGAAUACAUUUAUUUCACGGAAAUAAAGACCCUUACCCAGAUAUGAUCUACUCUGACGGACCAUUUACCCCUUUUGAGGGCAACCAGAAGAAAUUUUGGAAAAUACUUCCUAGCAUGAAGUAUGAUGUUUUUCACAUAAACAACUCAGUCGUAUAGGUAGUGCAACCUUGGUAUCUUCUGUGAUUUUGUAUUCAAAACUGCUGCUUUUUUUUUUU